AUUUGACGUCACUGCCGUUCGUCAUGACCGCCGCUUCCAAAGUUGCCGAUGCCGCCCACAAGCUCGUCGUCGCCGGGCUCCUCAGUGCUACUGCCUUUGGUCUGUACGAUGUGGGGCGAGGCUUCACAGUGAUGUACUCGCGGACCGCGGAGCGACAGCGAACAUACGACGCCCAACAAGCUCAAGCUGCCUCCGGUCAGCAACCGUCGUCAUCGGCAUAGACCCCCACCUUCGAACGAACACACCCAGUCCGUCCAAGCGUAUAUAAGUGAAAGUACAUGACACAUAAUCCUUUUGUCGAGGUCAUUGCAGACGACGCACUGUGGAAACAACAUUGGUGUAGUCGAAGUAGGGAGGAAUGGUCUAUCAACUCAUUUAUACUAACUAGUAAGCACAAUCACCAAUAUCUAACAAGUACUUCAUUGGGA